UGCGCCCUUAUGGGUGAGAAUAAAAUCUCCCCGUUCAUUCAACACUAAUAACAUCAUUUCACUAUAAGUGAGCAUCGACUCGACGUUCACAGCGUGGUGCCACUGAACGCAAACCUGACGCAUCAUCCGCAUCAAGACGCGCGACACGCACCACAGAUACUCUACAGGUGAAGCAACAUGGACGUGAAGGACCAGAGCGCACAAAUGGAGCCUCUGCUGCCGAUGGUAGUCACCGCUCCUGGAGGACAAAGUGUGAAACAUGAGGAGGAGGCUGUUGUGGACCACGGAGGCACUCGCUCCAUGCCUAAAGAUGGCUUUGAGAAGGAGGAACUAGAAGGUCACAGGACUCUAUACAUCGGGGUUCAUGUUCCUCUGGGCCGGAAAACUCACAGACGACAUCGUCACCAUGGACACAAAAACCAGAAGAAAAACAAACAGAGAGAUUCAGGGGUUGAGGAUGGACGGGAAUCACCAUCACACGAUACCCCAUCACAGCGGGUUCAGUUUCUGCUGGGUACUGAGGAUGAGGAUGAAGAGCACAUACCACAUGAUCUCUUCACUGAACUAGAUGAGAUAUGUCUCCGUGAGGGAGAAGAUGCUGAGUGGAGAGAAACCGCCAGGUGGCUGAAGUUUGAAGAGGACGUGGAGGACGGAGGAGAGAGAUGGAGUAAACCGUACGUUGCUACUCUCUCUCUACACAGCCUGUUUGAGCUCCGGAGCUGCAUCAUUAAUGGAAGCGUCAUGCUAGACAUGAGAGCCAAUUCACUGGAGGAGAUCGCCGAUAUGGUGCUGGAUCAACAGGAAGUGUCUGGACAUCUAGAGGAUGAUGUUCGGAAGAAGAUCAAAGAUGCUCUUUUGAAGCAUCACCACCAUCAGAAUCAGAAGAAACUGGCCAACCGCAUUCCUAUCGUCCGCUCGUUCGCCGACAUCGGCAAGAAGCAAUCUGAGACCAACUGCGUGGACAAAAACGGCACUUCAUCUUAUCUCUUUAAGUCUUCUCUGUGGCGAUCAGUUCAUUCUGAUGGAGAUGAGUGUCAGGUCUCACCCUGCUCUCCAUGUUGGCUCUUCUGCUGCUCCUCCAGUGUCUCCAUCACCUCACCUCUUCCCUCCUCAUCCACAUCCACUCACCCGUCCCACAACCUUAUCUCUACAGGUCCCACUUUCGACCUGGAAACAGAGGACAGCUCGGAUCCAGGACAGAUGAUUUGCCCACAGUCCCAACCCAUCACCGCAGAAGGCAAAAGUGAUGUCAGUCGUGAGAACAGCGCUGUAGACUUCAGUAAGAUAGAUCUGCACUUUAUGAAGAAGAUUCCUCCGGGUGCAGAAGCCUCUAAUAUUUUGGUUGGAGAGCUGGAGUUUCUUGACAGACCUGUAGUGGCGUUUGUCCGUCUCUCUCCUGCCGUACUACUCAAUGGUUUGGCAGAGGUUCCCAUCACCACCAGAUUUCUGUUCAUUCUGCUCGGUCCGUUGGGUAAAGGAGCUCAAUAUCAUGAGAUCGGCAGGUCAAUUGCAACCUUAAUGACAGAUGAGGUUUUCCAUGAUGUAGCAUAUAAAGCUAAAGACCGCAAUGAUCUGAUCGCUGGAAUCGAUGAAUUUCUCGAUCAGGUCACAGUUUUGCCUCCGGGAGAAUGGGAUCCAUCCAUCAGAAUAGAGCCACCGAAAAACGUCCCGUCCCAGGAGAAAAGAAAAAUCCCUGCGGUCCCUAAUGGAGAUCUGGCAGAGACAGAAGAACAUGGUGGUCAUGGAGGCCCUGAGCUUCAGCGCACCGGGAGGUUAUUUGGUGGGCUUUUUCUGGAUUUGAAGAGGAAGGCCCCGCAUUUUCUGUCUGAUUUCACCGAUGCGCUCAGCCUGCAGUGUUUGGCUUCUUUUCUCUUCCUGUAUUGCGCCUGCAUGUCUCCUGUUAUCACCUUCGGAGGUCUGCUGGGAGAAGCCACAGAGGGACGCAUAAGUGCCAUUGAAUCUCUUUUUGGAGCCUCCAUGACUGGGAUUGCUUACUCACUGUUUGCUGGUCAACCUCUCACUAUACUGGGCAGUACUGGACCUGUUCUGGUGUUUGAGAAAAUACUGUUCAAAUUCUGCAAGGAAUAUGAGCUGUCGUACCUGUCUCUCAGGACGUGUAUCGGUCUGUGGACGGCGUUCCUCUGUCUUCUGCUGGUGGCCACCGAUGCCAGUUCUCUCGUAUGUUACAUAACCCGAUUCACAGAGGAGGCCUUCGCAUCGCUCAUCUGCAUCAUCUUCAUAUACGAGGCCUUGGAGAAACUCAUACAUCUCGGGGAGACCUAUCCCAUCAACAUGAACAACAAUCUGGAGAAGAUGACCUCAUACAGAUGUUCAUGUAUCGAGCCUACAAGCCCCAGUAAUGCCACUCUUCGGUACUGGGAAAAGAACAACAUCUCCGCGUCUGAGAUCUACUGGGAGGCUCUGGAAGUUCAGGAGUGCAUUGAGAAGAAAGGAGAGUUUUUGGGAUCUGCCUGUGGUCCUCAUGGUCCAUAUAUCCCUGAUGUCCUCUUCUGGUCCGUGGUUCUUUUCUUCUCGACCGUGGCCAUGUCAGCUUUUCUUAAAGAGUUCAAGACCAGUCGCUACUUUCCCACAAAGAUCAGAUCCAUCAUCAGUGACUUUGCAGUCUUCAUCACUAUUGUUACUAUGGUGCUGUUAGACUACGCUAUAGGGGUGCCAUCACCUAAACUGCAGGUUCCUAAUGAGUUUAAGCCGACUCGUGACGAUCGCGGGUGGUUCGUUAACCCGCUGGGUCCAAACCCGUGGUGGACGUGUGUGAUAUCAAUCCUUCCUGCAUUUCUAUGCACCAUCCUCAUCUUCAUGGACCAACAGAUCACAGCUGUGAUCAUCAACAGAAAGGAGCACAAGCUCAAGAAAGGCUGCGGGUAUCACCUGGAUCUGUUCAUUGUUGGCGUGAUGCUUGGCGUCUGCUCUCUGAUGGGGCUGCCGUGGUUUGUGGCCGCGACCGUUCUGUCCAUCUCUCACGUGAACAGUCUGAAACUGGAGUCGGAGUGCUCGGCACCUGGGGAGCAGCCGAAGUUUCUUGGCAUUCGAGAGCAGCGUGUGACGGGUCUGAUGAUCUUCAUCCUCAUGGGCUGCUCUGUUUUCAUGACAUCAGUGCUGAAGUUUAUUCCCAUGCCGGUGCUGUAUGGAGUUUUUCUGUACAUGGGAGCAUCAUCUCUGCGAGGAAUCCAGUUUUUUGAUCGUUUAAAGUUGUUUGGCAUGCCGGCCAAGCACCAGCCAGACUUCAUUUACCUGAGACACGUUCCUCUGAGAAAGGUUCACCUGUUCACCAUCGUCCAGCUGAGCUGUCUGGUUCUCCUCUGGGUCAUCAAAACCUCCAGGGCUGCUAUCGUCUUUCCUAUGAUGGUUUUGGCUUUGGUCUUUAUUCGGAAACUGCUGGAUUUUUUCUUUACAAAGAGAGAACUGAGCUGGCUGGAUGAUCUCAUGCCCGAAAGCAAAAAGAAGAAACUGGAGGACGCUGAGCGAGAGGAGGAGCAAAGUAUUUUGGCAGAGGAAGAAGCAAUCGUACAAGUGCCACUGGAGGAACAUUUCAAAGAUGAUCCGUCCACUGUCAACAUUACUGAUGAGAUGUCCAGAGGUUCCUUUGGAAACACAUGGAACUCAAAAACUGAGCUAAACUCAAAAAGCUCUCUUUUGUGAUCUUUUGGAUACUGGGCGUCCAAAGCUUGUUUAAAAAAACGCACAACAAACAUCAAUAGAAAUAUGAAGAGAGAAGAAGAGCGUCUGACUAUACUGAUUUACUGUGUUGUCACACACAUACUGUUUACUUGUUAUCCAAAUAUUAUUGUUUUGAUAAUUGAUAAUUUAAAAAAAAUCACCCCAAAAUUAAAAUUUUGAAUUAUGCUGCUCUUUUCCAUGUGACAUAGUGACUACAUCUGUCAAUAAUAUCACAGACAUCUAAUAAAUGAAGAGUUUGGUUUCAUAACGCAAUAAAUCCAUUUUGACUAAUUUGGGUAAAAAUGUGUUUUCUAUACCAAGAAAGUGACAAGAUGAAAAAUACUAUUUUCUGAUACAAACUUUCACAUAGCAUCUUUAGGUUAUAUAACAUAAAAAAUUUAAAUCCAUAAAUCUACUGAAUCAAUAUAUAAAUGUGCAUUAAUCUUUGCCAAGUUAUAUUCAUUUAGUUGAUAACACUGAUAAAAAAAAUAAACAUUAAUGUCAUUAAUCAAAACACUUUAUCAUAUUUAAGAACACUGUUAUUGCUGCUGUCAUCAAUCCAGUCUCAUGAAAUUUCAUUAUAUAGUCACGCAAUUUUUUUUCUUUUUUCGGGAUAUUAUCACAAAUUUUUGCGUUUUUUCGUGAUCGUAUAACGAAUUUCUGUUUUCGUGUGAUUAUCACGUAUUGGUUACUCAACUGUUUCGUCCUAUUUUCUUACCAUUGUUGCUUCUGUUUAGGGUUAGAUUUACAUAAAAUGACAUCCUUACACAAACCUAACUCUAACCCUAAUGCCAGGCGACAUUUAAAAAAUAAAAAUAUUCAGAAAAAAUAUAAACCAAUACAAGUGACAUUCUAAUGCAAACAUCAAAUCUAACCCGAAGCGACAAUGGUUUAAAAAUAGGAAAAAGCAGUUGAG